UUGGAAACAAAACCUUAUCACUUUCCAAGUUGGAGUUCAGGAUAAGGGAUUAGGAGCUGAUCCACAAUUUGCAGAUGGAUGAGAUUAUUAAGGAAGGGAGAGAUUGAUUCUGGUUAUGAUGUAAUAGGAAAGGGACAAUGGUCUAUUGGGGACCUCGUGAUCUAUGAAUAUGGUGGUUAUGGGGGUGACAUGGGCUGAGGAUGGAGUUUGUCAACCAAUUUCAAUCCUAAAAUCCUAAUGGAACAGAUAACAUAUAUUUCUCUGAAAUCACCCACACCACCCAUCUCUUUUUUCCUGCACAUGACGCCCACUUGCAUUUCUAUUACAAGAUUUCCUCCAGCAAUACAUCUCCUCAUCCCUUGAAAUUCCCUUGAAAUUCAACUUGCAGUAGUAAUCCCCAGUUUGCCAAAGUUUUCAAAUUCAAUGUCUUGGGCACUUCAGCUGAUACUUUAAAUUCAAGUACAAAACAUUCACAUUGACAGUUCAUACCAAAAGAAAAAUACACAUUACAUGUGCAAAAUGACUAAUAUUGAUCAGAGAUUUUCCCACAAGCUUGACGAUCAUAGAUUAGAAAUUUUCAGUUUUCAUAAAAUUAAUCACGCUCAAACACAGAUCAGACAAGAAAAACAAUACCCAAGAAACUAAAAUGGUAAUAACUACUGAUCAAUCAACAGAAAUUAGGCCCAUGUUCCAAAACAGCUCAGAUUCUAACCCAAUCCCAGGCAAGUACCUAGCCCAAGACAGACCCUACCCCACCAUGAAAGAAAUGUUCCAUGCGUAUUUUUCAGGCUUCACGCUGAUGAUAUAGUUAGGAGACUGAAGUCGGUAAGGCCAGUUUCAAUCGAACCCUUCACUCCUCCAUCAAGCUUUCCUAUCAGAUCUUUCAUCAGCUACAAAAGAAUAGCAAAAAUGUCACAAACAAAUAAUUGUGAGGAUGUGAAGGAGAAGGAGAUGGUGGAUGACAGUGAAAAGAUUCAAGUUGAGGAUGAUAAAAAUCAAAUUUAUGUUGAAGAAGGUACUAUGGCAGAAGAGGUGAAAGAUUCAGAUGAAAAUAAAAAUUGUCCCAUGCCAUCAGCCAACGAGGAGGAAGAAGCAAUCAAGAAAAAGUAUGGAGGACUAUUGCCUAAAAAACCGCCUUUAAUAUCCAAGGAUCAUGAACAUGCAUUUUUUGAUUCUGCGGAUUGGGCAUUAGGAAAGCAAGGAGCACAAAAGCCUAAAGGACCGCUUGAAGCAUUGCGCCCAAAGCUACAGCCCACCCCACACCAGCAAAUGCGACGCUCAGUUUAUGCACCUGCAGCAGAUGAUAGUGAAGUUUCAUCUUUCGAGGAUCAAAGCUGCACAUUGGAUGGGAACAACAAUAACAAUAACACUGCGACAGAGGAUCAGAUUCAAGACUUGCAUGUGACAUGAAACAGAAAGAGCUUGGUUCAGUUUUCAGAUUAAGUGGCGUUUUGAUGAACCUCGAGUUAAAAAAAAAAAAA